ACAACACAACCUGUUUUUUUAUACCCACUGUUUCUACUUUGUUUGUUGUUUGAUUGCGAUCUCUGAUAUCUUAGAAAAACAAGCCAUGUCCAAUCGUUUAAGCGUAUCCGAAAGCCUCCAGGCACCAGGGCCGGCAGUGAAGCCGCAUCUGCGACCUUGGGAGAUAAAUCCUUGGUCUGCAGUUCACCAGGCCAGCAUCCAUUCCGACUGGGGUCUGUAUCUAUCCCGCCAGCGUAGGUUCGCAAGCGCGCUCGGCUAUGUGGACAACUCCUUGGAUCUUAAUCCCUUCGAUGCGAGGGCUUUGAUGCGCCGAAGCCAACUGAAGCGGACAAUGGGUCUGGCUCCAGAGGCCGUAAAGGAUUGCACCAAGGCAGAAACUCUGCUGAUGAAGCAACAGCCACCGGUUGUCAGUCUCCACACCAGUUUGGAGGUCAGUGAUGCCCUUUACGAGUCGAGUCGUUUGGAAGACACCAAAAUAAAUCUGCAUGGCCAUCUGAGGCGCUUUAGCUCAAUUAAUGCAGUGCCCGUUGUCAAUCGUCUAAAUGUGGUGGAUGAGAACUUCCAUGACGUUUUGUCGGACGAGACUGCAAUACCAGUUCAGCGGCUGGUCGAACGCAUGAUGGAUAAACUUGCCAAUCAGCCCAAGGAUCUCAAGGAUCCCUGCGAUGUGGUCAGCGUAAUGGAGAAAGAGGAAAAAUAUCUAUCUCCACUGGAGAAAGCCCGACGCGAUCGGUAUUUCAAGAUUUAUAACGCAACAUAUCUAAACAGAGCCUGGGUGGAUGUGGAAUUUCUGAGGAAUCUACGAAGUGAUUCCAAUGUGCAUCCAAAACACUGCAAAGAAUCAUCCAUGCAUUUGAAGAAAUUGUUGGAAUUCAACUACAAGUCAGCGCGAACUUUGACGAAAAUGCUGCACACUCGGUGUCCUAUGUACGCUCAACAUCAGCAAAAGUUUACUAGUGAGACACUCUACAACAAGCAAAAGGAUGAUAAUUUAUACCGAAUUCAGCACCAAACGAGAAGAAAUGUUUACAAGAUCCUGCGCACCAUUCGACUGCUCAUACGAGCUGGUGAACUUAAUAAACUGACAACGUUCAUUGAAGGAGUCAUGGGUGACUAUGUCACUACCAAAACACACCGCAUAAUGCCAUGGAGAUUUGAAUUCACUAAUGAGGUCUAUAACUACCUGGGUUUAGCCCGCAUUAAUGAAUACAAAAUUCCCAGCAAUGUGACGGUUCUGCAGGGUAGACAACGCCUUUUGACCCUUUUUGGGUUGCCAAAUAAGAAUAAUAAGGAUACGAAGCGACCGAAUAGGAUUAAUCUACCGCGAACCAAUACAACCGAUCCCAAAGCAGAGAAAUUUAUGAAACAAGUAGCUCGUAUGGAGAAUCGAAUGCGAUUCGCUGAGUAUCCCCUGGAACGCGCUUAUUUGUUGCAUGAACUGGCUCAGGCGCACCUCGAUUACCAUUCAUUUGAUGCAGCCUGCUCCAUGGCCCGCAGGGCUCUGGAGGAGGCUACAAAGUGUAAUAGUGAUGUGUGGAGCUUCCUGAGUCUGAUGAUCAUCUGUAAAUCACAUGCAAUUCUGGGCAAGAUCGAGCGCGAAAAAAAUACCCUAACCGAAGCCUUUAAGUUGGCCAAGAAAAUGAAGAACCUGGACCUGUGCCUAUUCAUAGACGUUUGCAUGAGAGUCAAUUUGGAGGAGAUGGAUCUAAAAAGGUUAAUAAAUAAUGACUGGAGUUCGAAGAGACACAAACCUAGUAUAGCCUAGCUGAAUGCAGAUCGCAGCCAAAUUGCGAUGGAAAAGUGUUCUUGAAAACAAUAAACAUUUUAUCAAAACC